AUGACGCCUUGCUCCGUUGCUGCGAUACCCUCCAGCACAGAGUCACCAAUUACCACUCUUCGACGUUUUUUCAUAUUCGUGAGGUGACAACAACUAAAGGCAGGAGAGUAAUGCGCUGAAGUUCUUGAUUUUUUUCAUGUAAAGAUUUAGAACACGGGUAAACGUUUGCAGCAAAGUAAGCUACGGAUAACAAAGUUACCUUCGAUACCACUAAAUGCGAACACUACAGGGACCGAUCGACAACAACGACCAUUUGUUCCCUCCCCACGCGAAACUUGGGAAAUGUUGGCCCUAUGCAGUAGCACAUAUUGUUAG